AUGUCAGUAGACUACAGUUCCACGGCAAAGGCCCUCGCCUUACCCAUAUCGCCCUCUUCCUCUCCCUCGCCAGAACGAGACGCCAUAAGACCUCCCUGGUCCCGCCGAAUCUCAACCAACGCCCGCCGAUCAACCAACUCUCCGUACAGCCAACAGAACCGCGUAGGUUCCCUCCAAGAACAAAUCAUCCACAACGGCACCAAGAUCCUCAAACGAGUAUGGAAGUCCUUCAAAGAACUAUCACCCAUCCAGCAAGUCCUCGCAGUAAUCCUGCUGGUCGUCAUAAAUGUCCUCACCAUCCUAUUCAUAAUCUACAAUGAAGCCAUCUUCCACGCCUUCGCACCCUACGCAAAGAAAUGGAAAGAUCUCCCGGGGGGCUGGCUAAUCCUCUGGUUCAUAACCUUCUUCUGUGCCUUUCCUCCCCUCAUAGGAUACAGCACUUCUCUGACGGUCUCCGGCUUCGUCUACGGCUUCCCAAACGGCUGGUUCAUAGUAGCAACCGCCUCGGUAGCCGGGUCACUAUGCUCCUUCGUCGCCUCGCGGACCAUCUUCUCCUCCUACAUGCAGAGAUUAGUAGGACAAGACAAGCGCUUCGAAGCUCUCGCCCUGACCCUAAAACAUGACGGCAUCAAGAUCCUCUGCAUGAUCCGUCUCUGUCCCUUACCAUAUAGUCUCAGCAACGCAGCCAUGUCGACCUUCCCAACCGUCCACCCACUAUCCUUCGCGCUCGCCACCGCGCUCACAAGUCCCAAACUGCUCAUCCACGUCUUCAUCGGCUCCCGUCUCCAAGUCAUCGCCGAAACGGGCGAGAAAAUGAGUCCCGGCACCAAAGCCAUAAACUACGCAUCCAUGAUCAUAGGCGGAAUGCUCGGCGCAGCCGUAGGAUACAUAAUCUACAACCGCACCAUCCAACGCGCGAAAGAACUAGAAAUCGAAGAAUUAGAAGCAGGGAGGAGAGAAGGUUCCGUGCCUGCGACGACGGGGAGGAUAUACAGCGAUGGAGAAGGCGAUGAGUUGGAUGCCGCAGCUCUGAUGAAUGAUGAUGAUAUCUCAUUAUGGGAUUCGGCGGAGGGCGUUGGAAGUAGCGCCCGACGAGACCCUAAUGCGCCGGGGUACCAGGAUGAAUUCACGGAUGACGAUGAUGUGUUCGCCAGCGGGGACCUCGAUGUCCCCGCAUCCAAGAAGACAUCCGGAGAUAUCUGA